GGAAGCUCGCCUUGGCCGCUCUUCCGGUGUCGUAUGGCGACUGCAGCGGAUGUUGAUAUUUUGCUUACGAGCCUUCUGCUCAGAGAUGUGAACUAUCGUCUCCGGGACAGCUCGUUUUUGAAUUUAUCCUCGUUUUUGUCCAAUUGGCAAUCUCAGGGGAGCCGCUUCUCGGUGAGCCCAGCGUCAUCGCGUUCGUCCCGGUGGCGUCUCAACCGGGAAGCGCGGCGCUUCGUCUCGGAGCCGUGCGUGCGAUGAUGGAGGACUUUGACGAAAUCUACGAGGAAGAGGAUGAGGAAGAGGACGAGGACAGGGCCGUGGAGGAGCAGCUUCUUAAGUACGCUCCGGAUCCGGUGGUGGUGCGAGGCUCCGGACACGUCACAGUGUUUGGACUGAGCAACAAAUUUGAAUCAGAAUUUCCUUCAGCGCUCACAGGGAAGGUCGCACCCGAAGAGUUCAAAGCAAGCAUCAACCGUGUGAACAGCUGUCUGAAGAAGACACUGCCUGUGAACGUGCGCUGGUUGCUGUGCGGCUGCCUGUGUUGCUGCUGCACGCUUGGCUUCAGUUUGUGGCCUGUGAUUUGUCUCAGCAAGCGGACAAGAAGAUCUAUAGAGAAACUUCUAGAGUGGGAGAACAGCAGACUCUACCACAAGCUGUGUUUGCAUUGGAGACUGAACAAAAGAAAGUGUGAAUCCAACAACAUGAUGGAAUAUGUAAUCCUAAUAGAAUUCCUACCGAAGAUCCCCAUCUUCAGACCCGACUAGCCGAUGAUGAGAUCUUCACCGUCCCAAGCUGCCGAUGGAAUGUUUCCUCCAGAAUCACUCGAAAGUUUUUUUUUUGUUUUGUUUACAGGGCGACAUCGGCCCUCAGUUUUCAUUUCGGAUGACUUCUCGCGCGGUCAUCUUCUCUUUGCCUUUUGGUUUACAAGAUCCGUAUCCUAAUGAGUGAAUUCAGGCGAGCCGGCUCGCUCCCGAUUUGGCGGCGGUGUGGAUUUCAGGACUGGCGCUGGGAAAACUCUUCAGUGCUUUGCGAACUCGAGCACAGCGUGACCGUGGUGACAGGAAUGCUGCUCGAAGCUCGGCUCGCGACGACCCACCAAAUACACCCCAGUGCUUUCGGAAGAGGUUGGGGGGUGGACAGGAAGCUUCAAACGUGUAGCAGAAAGCAGCGGACAUCAUUUCGUCACUUGAGCACUCUUCACUGUGCAUUGCCUGGACCCAGAGACAAUCACACUGUUGUGACUGCACUCCACACUCUGGGACAACAUAUGCCCUGCCCUUAGUUGCCGAGGCAACAAGGAGGUAGGUGAUAAAGACUAACAAAAAACAGUUUUUUUUUUAAACCAUUUUGGUCAAAGCAACGUUGUGGAAUAACUUUGUGACAUCACAUCAUAGAGCAAGGUUACUUUCUGAAAGUCAGCCUUCUGGGUUUUUUUUUUCAAUUUCUAUUUUGCCAGACAUGUCUUGAUGCUUUUUUUUUCUUUUCACUGUAAGUGUGUGUGUGACAUGUUUGCAAUAGGGUGGAACCUCCAAGGUCAUGUGUUCAAAUUUUGUUGUGUGAAAUCUACAAAGUAAGUGUUGUUGUUUUUUUAUGCUCCAUUUGAAGGGUAAGGUAGGCUUGUUGUGGCAAUUAAUACAUUUUCCUGAAAUUCCAGAUGGCCACCCCGCCCCUGGUCAGUGAUGAAACAAAGGCCCUUCACAAUUUGUGGCGCUCCGAUCGAUCAGUCACCAUGACGUCCGGUUUUGUAUUCUGGUCACAAUUAGAAGCCGCAUUUGAUUUUGUAACGUGAACCAUUACAUACAAAAAAAAUUAAUUUUGGUGUUUGCAGAGCGAUGCUGUUGACUAGUGUUGAUGGUUGUAUUUCACUGAUGAACAACUCCGCAAGGAAAAACAUUUACACAACAACACAGGGGUUCUUCUUGUGCGCUGAAUCUUGCUGAUAGUAAAGACCAACCAAUUCGUCUUUGAUAAAAAGCUAAACACCUCUGGAGAUUUGCCCAAGUCGAAGUUGAGCUCAUAUUGUAAAUUUUGAAGUAUUUUUUGAUUUUGGAGGUUCGCACCGCUUUUAGUGUGUAGCCAUGUGUCAGCUGC